AUGCCUGAACAAAGACAGCGCAGGGAUGAGCCGGAGUCUAGCUCCGGCUUCAAGGGGGCCCUUCAGGGUCUGGCUUUCUUCUUACUGACACAGUUCAUCUUCAGUCAAUUCUUUGGUGGACGCCAGCAGAACGAUGCUGGUUCUAGUGGGAAGCCGGGUGGAAUUCCCACCUUCGCAGAUCGUCCAGCUCGCAGCGAAAUUACAGAGUACAGUGCUAUCCCCGACAUGAUAAAUCCGAUUUGGCCUUCCGAUAGUGCCUUGGACAUGAACAUCUACGUCUCGCCAUCGGUCGUACUUCCUACUGUAAAGUCUGGCCCGGCAAGCCAACUUGUGCUCAAUGAGAAGAACUUUACUCUUGGAAACUACAGUGAUACCAGGGAAAUCGAUACUACCAUCAAGAUCCCCAAAGAAGUACAACAGAAUGGUACUCUUUUCGCGCACUUCAUGCUCGGACUUUCUGGGCAUCAGCUUGAUCCCUCGGCCAAAGAUUACAGCACAGACUCUGCAAUUUAUUUCUUUCGCCCGCUUAACCAGUAUCUCCCGAAGAAAAAAGCCAAGAAGCUCAAGAACCUCCUUGCAGGCUCUGACGAAGCUGAAGAAGAGGUGGAAGAGAACACACCGGAAGUCUCCAUCGCAUCGUACUACCACCCGAACUUCACGGUAUCUCUGAUUCCUGAUUCGGGUACCCAGCGAUUCCGUCAGAUUCAUCCGGCUGUCCGGUCGCAGGUGCAGCUAGAGGCAUCUGGCGCAAGAGAUGCCUCCGGAAAGAAUGGAUGGUACUACCCUAUUGUUUACUUGAACACUUUUUGGCAACUUAAGAGUCAUAUGAUGGAACUUAAUUCUACCGUGGAGACCGUGCCUCUUCGCAUUACCCUCAACAACCUGCAGAACUGGAAGUUCAGCAUGAUGGCGAGCGUCGAUGACAGCGCAAAGCAAACUGCUCGACAGGCUGCCUUUGGAGCCUCGACACCGGGCGGUGGUGACGGUACUGAGUUUGAAAUGGUGAAAGAGGUCCUUUUGGAUACGAACAUAUGGCUGCUGGGCACAACUGGUGUCGUGACUAUCCUUCACAUGGUCUUCGAGACUCUGGCCUUCAAGAAUGAUAUUGCUCACUGGCGCAAAAAGAAAGACGUCGUUGGAACGUCCGUUCGUACGAUCUUGGCCAAUGUCUUUAUGCAGGCAGUUGUUUUCCUUUACCUCAUGGAUAACAGUGAUAACACUUCCUGGAUGAUUCUUGCCAGUCAGGGCUUUGGUAUCCUCCUCGAAGCUUGGAAAAUCACAAAGACUGUCGAUGUCCGAUUGCGGCAGCCAUCGCCGAACUCUUUCUUCUCCUUCCUGCCUUUUGUGGUGGUAUUUGAGGACAAACAUAAACUCACCGAGACCGAGCAGAAGACCAAAGAGUACGAUGAAAUCGCGUUCCGCUAUCUCUAUAUCGUUGCCGUACCUCUCCUGGCUGCAUACGCAGUGUACAGCUUGGUCUACAACACCCACAAGUCGUGGUACUCCUACAUUAUUGAAACACUUGUUGGGAGUGUUUAUGCCUACGGUUUCCUGAUGAUGGUCCCCAGCUUGUAUAUCAACUACCGCUUGAAGUCUGUUGCCCAUAUGCCUGGCAAAGCGUUGAUGUACAAGUUCCUGAACACCUUCAUCGACGACCUUUUCGCUUUCACGGUCAAGAUGCCGUGGCUUCACAGGCUUGCGACUCUCCGUGAUGAUGUCAUUUUCUUCGUUUGGCUUUACCAGGGCUGGAAGUACCGGGUUGAUUACACACGUGUGAACGAGUUCGGUCAGGGAGGUGAUAGCGAUGCUGAGGAAGAGCCACCAGCCGUUGACACAAAGGAUGUCAAAGAGAAGACAGAAACACCGGCGUCAUCCCAGGCUUCCGGAAAAGAUGCCUCGAAAUCAUCUACCCGCAAGAGGAAGCUUAUCAUGUCAUCUGAUACAGAUACAGGCGCAGAGCCUAGGCCUACUGGCCUACUAGAUGCAAUCAAGCGUCUUGAGGCGGUUGCUUCCGUGCCUUCUAAGCAACGUGAUACAGAUGCUGGAGAACUGGCUAAAACGAUCGCUACGUACGCGUAUGAGGGCGGUCUUUCCCAGAUCGCGCUUGAGCGUCUGGUUAAAAUUAUCACGAGACGCAGUCAACUUGACCAAGGUACAAUUACUGCACUUAUUAAGAAUCUGUAUCCGGUGGACAGUGUGCCAUCCAGCCUCGUCACGCAGAUUGUGUGUUGUCUUGGUCCUAACAAGAACAACCCAUCACCUGCGACACAAUCUUUACUCUUGCGAUGGCUGAUUAUGGUGCAUGAGUUUCUUGCUGAUAGGUCUCACUUAUCCAAGCUUUAUGCCGUACUUUUUAACCAUCUAGACAUGAUAAGUCUGCGCAAACCUCUAUGCCAUCUUCUUUCCCUAGUCACACGGCGCAAGCAUGUUAAGCCGUUUAGGAUACAAGCCCUUAUGGAACUGGUUGUUACUUCUGGUGGCGAUGAGAGAGAACUUGUUACGCUACUUAAAGUCUUCAAGAACUACUGCCCUGAUGUCAUUGUUGGGGACCUAGGUGUAUCUGGGAGGAAGGGACUGUUCUUCAAGCAUCCAGACCCUGAAUGGUCUAGCCAUGUGAGGCUUCUCCAAGAUACAAACAUGGAAAGGCUACAGGCCACCCAGCCCGCGAAUUUUCAAGUGGUGCACCGAGGAAUAUCGAAGAGAAGCAAGAUGGAGGUUCUGGUACCGGAUGUCCAGACUUCACGUGUCUCCUAUGGGCGCACUUCCUUGGAAGAACUACGUGGUGUUGACCACUUUGUUGACAAGCUUGACAAAAUUGAGUUACCAAACCAGAUCAUAUCGAUGAUUGGAGAUGGUAUCGCCCAAAAAUACUUGUUUCUUGUCCAGCCUAAGUUCGCUAGCCAUCGUUUAGCUGAUUGGUGGAGAAGCUUCUUUAACGAAACCCUGGAGGAUGCUGAAGAGAAAGAUGAGAAACUCGAGUCCUUGAGCUACAUCAUGUCCCUUGCCGUGGGCUAUGUACAAUAUACCAAGGAAAUUCCUCCCCCAGUUGCCACGUUCUUGAAGUCGUAUCUUCUGUCAUGGAACGGCAGAGAUUUGAGAGAGCAAAUAUUCUACCUUCUCGAAUACCUUGACAUCGAGGAUUAUGACUCUGUAAAACAGGAUUUCUUGGUGCCACUCGAACAUGCCGUACUUACAGACAAAAUGUUUCCCAGAUCUAGCCUAUUGGACUUCUAUGCUUCCAUCAUUCGCCAAUGGGGUGUCAAAUUAAGGACCCAGCCAUUCACUUUGGAAGAGUCUAAACCACUGGGCCGUUUGAUCUCACACGCAGAGCUGUUGGCGCUGUCUAUUCUCGAAUGCCCCGCAGCUGUUCAGCAGGCACCUCCUGACAAUAUGGAGAGCCCAAGACCGGCUGCCCUAUCUGUCACUGAAUUUUAUUGUGUUUUAGCUGAAUUGUUUUCGCAUUCACACCUAAAUGGAAACAUCCGUAUUGCGAUUCCAAUGGCUCCCACCGUCUACACACUCAUCUUCACUCCGAUCAGUUCCAUUAUUUCAAUAAUGAGUUCCGUGCUUGCCAGCUAUAAAUCGGCCUUCGAAGCAUCCUUGACUUCUCAGGUACUCCAAACCCCGGGUUCUGCCGAAUCACUCUAUCCAACACAGUUGGUUGGUCAAUUCAAUGGCUACAUUAUGGAUAUUUGUAACCUCAUAUGGCGAAAUCGAGGCCUAAAUGGGGAGGACCCCAACGCAUUAGGCUGUUUGAUACCUGCUCCUACAAUCGCUGCACUCACGCAAUAUGUCCGGGAUGCAACAGACAGCUCUCGAGAAAGGAAGAGAGAGGCAACGUUUACCUAUAAUCUGUCUUCGAUAUUCUCUCUUAGCCAUAAUGUCGCGCUCUGUAAUAUGUCCGCUGCUUGCUUCGCUGAUAUUGAGGAAAGCGAUCUCAGCGAAAAUCAGCCUAGGCUAAAGAGACCAGUGACACAGAAAGCACUCAGUGCCUUGGAGAAGGAAGGCGGUAUUAAGGUAGCUUGGCAGGAAUACAGAGUGCGAAUGUUGGACUGGCUGGAAGGGACAGGAAGUAUUGGCAUUGGAAGCUUGAUGCGGAGCACGAUGAAGGCCUUACGGAAAGAAUGA